CAUGUAGGGAUGCUAUUUGAACAACAGGUGGCGCUGGAGAGUCGAGGCACUGAAUGACGUCAUCCAUCGCUGUCAGGUGACAAAACAAGGAAAAAGGAAGACCGAGACGAGAUAUCCCGGAUCUCCCGGGACCGAUGGCGGAUUGAAAACAAGCCUAAAGCUGAAUUUUAGUUUGAAAGUAUCAGCGCGAAGGAAGUAUGGAGGAUGAUGAACUUCCGUCAGCGGAUGGGAUGGGUGGGCAUGGCUCUCUACUUGCUGCUCAGCGUCAUGCUGGUGUAUUACGUCUUUGAGGUUCACAGCUUCAGUCUGGAGCGCGUGCAGAGGGGCGGGACCAGCUCCUCGGCUCCGCCCCUCACCACCAGCUGGUCUCAGAGCCUCAGCGCUCGUCUGUCGCCGCUUCCAGUCUGGAUGUGGGCAUCGGUCUUCCUGCUGCCCUACCUGCAGCUCUUUCUUUUCCUCUUCUCUUGUACAAGAACUGACCCUCGAGCAGUCGGCUACUGCGUACUUCCUGUCUGCCUCGCCCUGCUCUGCAGCCGUCGCCAUGCUGCCCACAAGCCGGCUAAUCGGAGAGACCCGCCACUCAUCGACACGUAGAGGGGCGGGGCCUCAAAGAGAGGACGAUGCUGUUGAACAAACUGAACUGUUUGUGUCGAUGUUUGUGAUGUCACUUCCUGUGUGCCUUUAAACAAUUCAACAAACACUCCUGUGGGAACCCUUCGCCUUGUCUGAGAGGAGAAGAGUCCAGACCGCCCUGAGCGCCGACUGCCAGGAUCAGCAGCCUUCCUGUCUGUUCCUCAGUACAGACCUUUCACUCUGCAGCUGUCUGUUCUUGUAACACCAGAGAAAUUUGUGCCGACUGCUGUGUGGCGCGCCUCCUGCUGCGUCUGUGGCCAGUUUAACCAGUUACCUGAAGCGUCAGUGCUGUUGCUAUGGUUACCUGCAGCUGGAGGUGAAACUGGGGCACAGUCCGAGCACAGCGCUCGCAGUUUUUUCUUGCUCGGUGAGCGUGUCAGCAAUCAGACGUGUCCACGGCGACUUACAGAAACGUCGCAGCACAACACACUGCAGGUUGUGUUUAAACAAAUGUUCUGUCAGGGCUGGCAGCUGCCAGCCACUCAAAAUAUUUAAUGAGUCACAUGACACAUACUGAUUACCAGUUAACUUUAUUACAUCAAUAAAAUGAAAAAAAAACCGUGUAGUUUCACUUUG